CGCACGCUCUCCCUCGCUCGCUGGGAUAAUUGCAGUCCAUCUGCACACGACCUUCCUUCGGAAUCCAACCAGCCCAGCCUUGAUUCACGCAUACGAAUAACUCACCACAUUCUCUGAAAUCCUCUCUGUCUCUUUCCGCACCUAAUCUCGGCUUAAUGAUUGCACUCUCAACGUACUUCACCCGGAAACCCGUCAUAGUCAGCAGCUCCCAGGACGUCCGCGAAUUGGCUCGUCUCGAUACUAAGAUUCCUGAGAAGAAUGCAUGUGGAUUGGUCCAGCGCGUCCGCAUCCCCUGGCUCAAGCUCAGGACCUGCAAGAAAUCCGCCGCACCACGCACUGGCUACCGAGCCGUCGCCCAGCCCUCCGGCUCCGGCUCAUUUGAUCUUCCCCCCGUCCGACGUCAGCGACGGAGUCAGCGCAGAAAGUCGGUUGUCGUUCCCAGUGUCGUUCUCGACUUCAGCUCGCACAGUUUCGAGUCGGACGACCCGUUCCAGGCCCGGCCGCAGUCGCUGUCGUCGUUGUCCUCGGGGAUGCCGUCGCCGACGGCCCGGCGCCGCAAGAUGCCGCAUCUGAGCACGUAUUCUGCGCUGGACACGGCACCCAACCGGCGGCAUGGGAUCGCGUGCUUCGACGUCGCGCGCGUCCAUGCGGUGCUGCAUGAUGUGCUCGAGGAUGCAGAGACGACGCAUCAGUGGAAGGAGGGCGAGGGCCGGCUCUUGGAGCGCGUGUUGCUGGGGCAGGUCACGGGCGGCAAGGACAUGUAUCAGCGCAUCAAGAUGGUGCAUCGGUGCGAUCGAGUUUCUGCGAAACCGAUGGGCACGGCGCCUUGACUUUUUUUAUUUUCUUUCGCUUCGACCUAAUCAUGCCCAUUCCACCACCUGAUUGCGAUUUGAAAUGAGGACAUUUCGCUCAAACAAUUCCACAUUUGAUAUAAAUGUAUGUUUGGCCUUCCCGAGAUACGGAGAAUGUGAAUUGGCUGGCCUAGUGUCGAGCAAUUUUUUU